AAUAAAAUGAACAAUUGCUUUUAAGCAUAUGAGGGGUAACUAUAAUAUGUAUCAUAUUAUUAGAGAUAUGACAUUGGUUAGUGGCAACGUUCUUCAGUCCCAACGAGCUUCUUAUAUCGAAAGAUUAUGUAAGGUUUACUCUUAAGUUUCCUCUUAGCCUACUAAUUAAUAAAACAAAAAUAAACCCAAAAAUUGGUGGUGGAAGGAUUGAGAUGCGUGAGUCCUGACGUCCUUAAAACGAUUAUAUUAGAUGGAUAUAUUAUAGGGGAUAUUUUAACGAGUGAUUUAUGGGUAACCAAAAUAGACUAUAUUUAGACGAAGCAGCUGGAGGAAUACCUCCACCCUCUUCCACCUCAAUUUAUGGCACAGUAAGUAACGGCCAUCCACAUCACCAUCUCCACCACCCCCAACAUCACCCAAUACCUCCCCCACUAAUUCCAGCACAUCACCAUCACCCACCAUUUGGUCCCUCUCCCCCAAUCCCCCCUCCACAUUUACUUCAUCAACAAUAUUCACGUUCAAUGACACCAACAUCUACAUACAGAAUUAAUAGAAGGGGUGGAGGUGAGGGAGGUGAUAGUAGAGGGAUUAGAACAAGCAGUUUAAUACAAUCAUCGAUGCAAAGUACUCCUGAAGCUAAUAAAAGAGAUAAAAUUGUAAGCCGUACAAUGACUGUGCCAGUAACAAUAACAAAUAAUAAAAACGGAUUUCAACAACAAAGAAUUAUGGAAGAACAACAACAAAUUGAAAAAGACCAAAUACUUCCCCAUCCCCUUCCUCACCCGUCCCAUCAACAACCAACAACUUCUUCUUCCUCUCCCCCUCCAUUACCUCCUCCACACCAUCCUUCACAAACUCCAAUUUUGCCAUUUUUAGAUCCUUGGAGAAAACAAGAAGUACAAACUAGAGAACAAUUUAUUGGAUAA